AUGAAAUUUCCAAUAAGUGUUCUUGACCAUCUUUCCUGCAAGCAGGUUGCUCUAUUGACUGCAGUCGUCGCUUCUGUUUCGGCUGCAUCAAACGACUCUGGUGUGGGUCAACCUGUGGGAGGGCUUAUUUCCGUGCGUGUGGGCCAUUCGCAGACACCUUUUCCCGAAUGGCUUACAGAAUUCACUGGCCUUAAGGAAUGGCCCGGGAUUGAUCCACCUUACAUCCCCAUGGAUUUCAUUGACUUUGAUCAAAUCCCUGACUAUAGGAGUUACGAGCAAGGGGUGUGUGGUGCCAACCCGCGCGAGUCUUGUUCCUUUGACUGCGAUCAUUGUGUGGCACCAGACGAUGUGUUCACCUGUAGCAAGCUUUCCCAAACUUUUGAUGAUGGCCCAUCUUUGGCUACGGAAAGGCUGCUCGAUAACCUGGAUCAUAAAACCACGUUCUUCAACUUGGGCAUCAAUAUUGUGAAUUACCCAGAUGUGUAUAAGAAGAUCCUUGAUGGGGGUCACUUAGUCGGCACCCACACUUGGUCUCAUCCUUUUUUGCCAAGCUUGUCGAACGAAAAAAUCAUUGCACAGCUGCAGUGGUCUAUCUGGGCAAUGAACGCUACAGGACACCACUUGCCCAAAUGGUUCCGGCCCCCUUAUGGUGCCAUUGACAAUAGGGUUCGCGCCAUUUCACGUAUGUUUGGGCUACAGGCUGUUUUGUGGGACCAUGACACUUUUGACUGGCAGUUACUCGUGGAAGACCAGAGCUUGAGGACUGAGGAAAGCAUCUAUAGAGAUAUCCAAGACUGGAAGCAGAGCGGAACGGGCUUAAUACUAGAGCACGAUGGAGCUUUCAAAACUGUCCAGGUCGGAAUAAAUGUUGGAAGAAUUUUGGGAAAUGAUCAAAUGACUGUUGCAGAAUGCGUAGGAGGCAGUGACUAUAUCAAAUCCUUCCAACAGGAAGGUUAG